CUAGACUUGUAUUGAGAAUCAGAGAGCCCGGUUUUCUUUUGGGGGAUUUCUACAAAAGCCAUGGCCCCUGGUUUUCUGGAAGAAAACCUCUUUUAUAUCUCCCGCCUCUGCUUCCGCUCACCUUCAUCCGAGAUCGAACGAUGAAGGUAGAGGGAAGCGAGAUGGGGGAGAAGAGGAAGGUGGAGCAGGGGAGGAGAAGAGACGAGCAGGAGAGGAUCGUGAGGAGGCGAGGAGGAGGAGGAGGGUUUAGUCGGCCGCAGAGGUUACGGCGGGUGCUGGCGGGAUCGCCGUCGUCGGCGAUCCAGCGUCUUUUUGAGGUCUGUAUGGCGGUUUUCAAGGGUCCCGGGACGGUGCCGUCGCCUGAGGCCGUGCAGAUGUUGCAGCUCGUUCUAGAUAACCUGAAGCCAGAGGAUGUUGGUUUAAGCACAGAUCUUCUCUUCUUCAAGGGAAGGAGAACUAAGGAACCCCCAAUUAUAACUUAUACAAAUCUAUACAACUGCGAUAAGUUCUCGAUGUGUAUAUUCUUUCUUCCACCGACCGCAGUUAUCCCUCUGCAUAAUCAUCCAGGGAUGACUGUUUUCAGCAAAUUACUCCUGGGAACGAUGCAUAUAAAAUCAUGUGAUUGGGUUGGUGAUUACAAACCAGAUAAAAAUGCACCGUCGGCAAAAUGUAAACUUGCAAAAAUAGUUGAGGAUUCUGAUUUUACUGCACCUUGUGAAACUUCCAUUCUGUAUCCCACAACUGGAGGAAACAUCCACACUUUUCGUUCCAUUACCCCAUGUGCGGUGCUUGAUAUCCUUGGGCCUCCCUAUUCGAUAGAAGAUGAUCGCGACUGCACUUAUUACAGGGAUUAUUCAUAUGUUGAUGUCACAGAUGGUAACUAUGCUGGGAAUGGAAGGGGUGAUGAUUCCUUUUGCUGGUUAGAGGAAAUUGAGACCCCUAAAGAUUUGAAGAUGGUCGGAAUAGAAUACAUGGGACCCCAGAUUAUUAUUGAUGCUUGAACCAAAUACUCAAUUGUUUUCAAUGACUUGCCCUCCAUUUGAGGAAACCCUACAGGUUCUUGACUUCUUCGUUCCUUCACCAAUAUAUGCUGUGUACAUUUUUCACCCUGGUCCCUGUAGUUUCAACAAUCAGUUUUUUUUUCUUUUUCUUUGAUAAAAUUAUUCAUUUUCCAUAGUCUUAUGGUGCUUGGCAUAUAUAGAGCACUGUUAUGUCGAUACACUAUUUUGUUCUUCUAAUGGAUUAAUGUUAAUUUAACUUAAG